UCACGUACGGUUCACUUAUAAAUAAUUCCAACCCACUUCACUUCUUUCCAUCUAAAUCUUUUCUUUCAGGUUCUGAACCAAUCUCUUUCAUCAUAUAUUAUAGCUCUCUGUUGAAGCUUUAAUGGAGUUUCAUUUCCUACCCAUCUUUGCAAUUCUUUCGUUGGCACUGGUGGCAAGCCAUGCAGCUCUAACUCCUGAAGCUUACUGGAAGUCGGUGUUGCCAAACACUCCUAUGCCAAAAGCUGUCGUGGACCUUCUUCACCCCGAAUGGAAUGAAGAAAAGAGCACUUCAGUGGACGUAGGGAAGGGCGGUGUAAACGUUGAUGCAGGGAAAGGGAAUGCAGGAGGCGGCACCAAUGUUGACGUGGGAGGCAAAGGCGUUGGAGUUGACAGUGGCAAAGGAACCAAUGUUGGUGUCGGCAAAGGGGGCGUGUCUGUGCACACAGGCAAGAAGGGAAAACCUGUCUAUGUUGGAGUAACUCCAGGGAAAAACCCAUUUUUGUACCAGUAUGCUGCUACUGAGAAUCAACUUCACGACAACCCAAACACGGCUCUUUUCUUCUUCGAGAAGGACUUGAAGCCCGGCACGACGAUGAACUUGGUCUUCACAAAAAGCACGAAUGCAGCUACUUUCCUAUCUCGUCAGGUUGCUGAAUCAAUACCCUUCUCUUCCAAUAAGAUGCAACAAAUCUUGAAUCACUUUUCGGUGAAACCCAACUCGAUGGAGGCUGAGAUAAUGAAGAAAACCAUCAAAGAGUGCGAGGAGCCUGGAACUAAAGGAGAGGAGAAGUAUUGCACGACUUCGUUGGAGUCGAUGGUAGACUUCAGCACAUCCGAGCUCGGAAAUAAUGUUCACGCAAUCUCGACAGUGGUGGAAAAAGAAACUCCACUCCAGAAGUAUAACAUUGCAGGAACGAAGAAGAUGGUAGGUGAGGAAGCAGUGGUGUGCCAUAAGCAAAACUAUCCAUAUGCUGUGUUUUACUGCCACAAAACACAGACCACGAAAACAUACACCGUUUCCUUGGUGGGUGCGGACGGGACAAAAGCUAAAGCAGUAGCGGUGUGCCACACUGACACAUCAGAAUGGAACCCGAAGCAUUUGGCCUUCCAAGUGCUCAAGGUCAAACCAGGGACAGUUCCUAUCUGCCAUUUCCUUCCCGAGGACCAUAUCGUCUGGGUUGCUAACUAGUACUGCAAAACAUAAACGAUGAUUCCCGUUAGUUCCUUCUACUCAUUUGGUGUUUGUUUAAAUUGUGAGAGUUCACAUACUGUACACAUGUAGAAUUAUAUAUAUAUAUGUAUAAGUAUGUAGUACUACAACCCCCACCACAUUGUCUGUAAUGCAUAUGUAUCUGUACGUUGCAUCUAAUUAUCGAAUAAGACAUAUUUUCAUUUUGGUGGUAUUA